AGCAUUUUGCAGUUUCAAGAAAACGCCAGCAAUUCGGACUUGCUUUGGACAAUGGAGAUCUUGGGAGUCAAGUCCCAAUGUUUCGGUCCCGAGAAGCUGUGCUUCAUCCAUGCAGACCACGCCGGUGGCGUGUCUGCGCUGAGCUAUGGCCAGCUUCAAAAGUUCGUGGUAUAGGAUUCCAGAGUUGCCAUUGUGUGGAAGCAGUUGACCGUUUCAACCAGCUGGCUGAAGAAUGCCUCGUGUCAAGCCCUAUGUUGACUGCUACUCUCGGGACCUCUCCGAGCUUACCAACUUCCAGCGCCUUCGCGUGGGCCUGGCCUUCCCCUUGCCGGCGCCCCUUGAAUACUUGAUCGCCCUGCUGGGCACAGCCGCUGCGCGCUGUGUGGCCAUGCCGCUGAACGUCCACACGGAGUACCUGACACUGCGGGAGCUGGACGCUGCGCUAGUCCACGUUCAGGUGCUCUUUUGCCCGGAGCUCGACGGCUUGGACCAGCACAGCGCAGAUGCAGUUAGGCGUUUCACGCAGUCCGCGGAAAGACAAGGUAUCCCCAUUUGCCGACUGUCGCUGAACGCUGGCGCCUUGAAGAUCCGGCAUGAGGAGCUUGACACGAGCCGUUGGGAUUCCAAGACGCUGGGUGAGGAGGCGGUGCUUCUUCUGCAGACCUCUGGCAGCACUGGGAAGCCCAAGGCUAUCCCGCUCACCAGGCAGAACGUGUCCUCCGCAGUCGACUCGGUGAUCCACGCGUAUGGCCUGACGGAGCAGGAUGUGACGUACAUAUCCCAACCCAUGGUCACCGUGGGCGGAUUGGUGACGCCUCUGCUGUCAACUUUGGUUUCUGGCGGAACCGUAGUGUAUUCGAAGUUCAACGCCGCCAAGCACUGGGAGGUAAUUGCUAAGUAUGGCGUCACCUGGUAUACGGCGGUGCCGGAGAUGCACAAGCAGAUUAUCGAGAGCCAGAAUGGCCGUUCCCGGCGCCGGUGCGAGCACACUGUGCGCUUCAUUCGCAACGGCAGCGGGUGCCUGCCGCAGGCCUUUGUGGACGCCCUGCAGCGGCUCUUCGACACAAAGGUUGUGGUGGCCUAUGGCAUGACGGAGGCCACCCAGCUGGUGUGUGCCAACCCCCUGGACGCGCCCAAGCCGAACUCGGUGGGCACCCCUGCCAAGAACAUCCGCCUCGGCCUGUUCGACAACCUCAGUGCUGUGGCCCCGCAAGAGAACGGCGAGAUCUGCAUCUCGGGGUCCUCCGUCUUCGAGGCGUACUGGGGUCCUGGUAUGGAGGAGGUGAACCAUUUAGCCUUCUUCACGGACGUGCAGGGCACGCGCUGGUACCGCACCGGCGACAUCGGGUGGCAAGACCAGGAUGGCUACGUCUUCCUUGUGGGCCGCGCGAACAACAUGAUGAAGAUCAAUGGGUACAAGGUCUUCCCGGAGCGUUUAGAGCAGGAGCUGGAGAAGAAGUACCCCUCCCUUCGUUUCGCGCUGGUGCAAAAGGAGGAGUCUUUGGCCUUGAUGGUCCAGAGCCGGAAAGGUGAGGUGGAGGUGGACAUGGCAAGCCUUUGCCGGCAGCUGGCGGAGCUGUGCCGCUUUGGGGUCUCCUUCCCGCUGCCCAAGAACGCCUAUUUGGUGGCCCCGGGGUCCAGCUUCCUCACAAAGUCCAGCAGCAAGAUUGAUCGCAAGCAAGCUGCCGCCUUGUCUCAGGAGCCCGAGCACGUGACAUGCUUUCACGUCUUGGACUACGCCCUUUUUGGCAGCGAGUGCGACGAGAACAAGCCGAAGACCUGGUGGCUGCAGCUGGCGGCCCGGCUGCUGCAGGGCCUUUGCGGAGCGAUCAUCUCCCCGGAGGAACGGCUGCAGGAGCUGGCCCUCACGUCACUCCAGGUCAUGGCGUUCACCAACAUGAUGAACGUCUACACUGAGGCUUUGGACACCAGGCUGCAGGUGAGCCAAGUUCUGCAAGCCGCCUCGCUCCAGGAGCUAGUCGACGGGUUCCUGGGAAAGGGCGCAUCCUUUUCGCUACUGGGGCCCGCACGGCGGGUGGCGCGGAGCAGAACGGCAGGAGCUGUGCUGAAGAUCACCCCAGAGGAGGAAGAGGUGGUUCAGAUCAUGGGUGUGUCCUGCCGCUUUCCGGGGCACAGCAACAACCUGGACGCCUUCGUGCAGCUGUUGCUGGACCAGCGCUGCGGCAUUGUCGAACGCAAAGACUGGCACAACGAAAGGUAUCCAGAGAUUGCCCACGUUGGUCUGAUCGAGGGCAAGGAGCUCUUCGACCGGACUCUCUUUGGGAUCUCUUCGCUGGAGGCCAGCUACAUGGAUACCCAGCAGCUUGCAGUGCUGGAAGGCGUCUACGAAGCCGUGCUCAACAGCAAGACGCAGGUGUCCAGAAAGGACGUGCCCGUGGUGGUGGCAGUGAGCCACGCGGACGCGGAGAUCAGCUUUUACAGCAGUCCACCGAACCACGUGCCGCCGCACAUCCGGGCGUACAAGGCCCUCUCGGCCAUCGCCGGGCGCGUCAGCCAGCUCAUGGACCUGCGGGGCCCCAGCUUCUGUGUGGACGCCGCCUGCGGGUCCUCCAUGGUGGCGCUGCAUGAGUCGUCCCGUAUGCUGCGCAGCAGCAACAGCAAGCUGGCCAUUGCCACGGCGGUCAAUCACAUCAGCAGCAUGAACGUCUCCGUGUCCAUGGCGCCCAGCGGGCUGCUCUCGAAGACGGGGCGCUGCCACACCUGGGACGCCGCGGCGGAUGGCUUCGUGCGGGGCGAGGGCAGCGCCGCCUUGCUGCUGGCCCUGGACUCCGUCGACAAGUCAUCCUAUGGUCAGCUCCGCUACAGCUUGGUCAAGCACAACGGCCGGACUUCCCAUCUGACGUUUCCUGAUCGCAAGGCUGAAGCCGAGCUCAUGCAUGAAUGCAUGCAAGCUGCUGGCAUUGCCGUUGGAGAAGUUGAUUACGUGGAGGCGCACGGCACGGGCACCGUCAUCGGAGACGCCACGGAGGCGCAGGCGCUGCAGGACGUCUUCGCUCGGCGGGCGCUGGCCGGGGCCAGCCCGCUGCGCGUGGGCUCCGUGAAGGCCAACGUGGGCCACCUGGAGGCGUCCGCCGGCAUGGCCGGGAUCUUCAGCGUGCUGUGCGUGCUUCGCCGGGGACGGGUCUUUGCCAACGCCGAGCUGAAGGAGUUUAACCCGUACAUCUGCGACGGUAGUGGUGGCAGCAGUCCGGCCUUGGACUUCCCUAUCGAAUCUGUGGCGCUGAACGAGAAGCUAGUGGCCGGAUGUAACUCCUUCGGCUUCGCCGGCACCAUCGGCACAGCGCUGCUCGCGGCGCCUUCGGAGCCCCCCAUCGACGCAGAGCCAGCCGCGGCGACUUCGCGGCGGGUGGCCUUCGUGGUGUCGCUGACGCCGCUGCCGCCCCAGCCGGAGCUGCAGGAGCUGGCGGCUCCCAUGGAUUGCCGCAGCUUCCAGGAGGCCAUGGCGCACGUGGCACAGAAGGUGCCGCUGCUCGAGGAGGUGAAGGCGGUGCUGCCAGCAAUCCUCCAGGGCCAGGCGCCGUGCCCGACCGAGUGGCUCCUGGUGGCGCACCUGGUCUUUCAGUUCUGCACCGCCGCGGUGUGGAAGGCCCACGGGGUCCACCCAGACGAGGUGGCCUUCAUUGGGCACUGUUUGCCCUCGCAGCUCAGGGAGCUGAGUGACUUCUGUGCCGCAGAGCUCGGCGCCAGCGUGAGGUGCACGGCGCCGGACGCCGAGCUCAUCAUCCUCCUUGCUGAGUCGGAGGACGUCCAUGGCGCGGCGUCGGGGCAGCCAGGGGCGCCAGGGGCGCGAGUACUGCCUGGGGCCGGGCGACUCUGGCCGCGACUGGGUGAGGCGGCCAGGCUGGACACCUUUGCCCUGGAGAGGGUCCAGACGACCUUAAGCGCACAUUCGGAGUCAAAGGAGGAAGUCAAGGACGUGAGUUUCGGGGUGCAGAUAGUCCAGCUGGAUGAGGCGAUGGUCAUAGUCCAAGACCUGCUGAAAGAGGUGGAGUACGGGGAGGAGGAGUUUGAGGCAGACACCGUUCCCUUCAUGUUCUUGGACUCUUUGCAGUGGGUCACUUUUACCAGCCUCAUGCGCUCACGAUACAACCUCACUGACAUUAGCAUGGACGCUUGUGUGGCCGACCUCGCGCGCCAGCUCGCAGGGUCUGGCCGCUGUGGAGAACUGAAGCCGGAGGGGGCCACUGACUCGCUGCAGUGCCUUACCUCGCUGGUCAAAGAGGACGCAGGGAAUGUGCUGAUCGGCGUGCACGGCAUCGAGGGGGACCCCAUGGCCCUGCAGUUCCGCACCCUGUCCUCGAGGCUGUCAGGCGUGUUGGCGAUAUAUGCAUUGAAGGUGACGGAGAGGCACCGAAAGUCUUGCUGCACCUUGGAAGACUUGGCCCGGAUGCACGUGGAGGCGCUGCAGCGGCGCUUCGGCUUCAGGUCCUACAACCUCUACGGCCACUCCUUUGGUGCCAUGGUUGCCCACAAGAUGGCGGAGGUUCUGGAGGCCCAAAACAUCAAGGUCACGCUGCUGCUGGGAGACUUCGAGGUGGCGUACCCUCCGGAGCGCUUUAUGGCCAGCGAGAGCCAGUUCACUGAGAGGUGCCGCAUGGGCGCCUGGGAGGGCCCAGAGAUGGAGGCCUACAAGAUCCUUCUGAGGAGGCACAUGUUCUCCCACCGGGAGGACGCGGAAUACUGCGAGCAGCUUCUGCGUUCGUCCGAUGUGAGGAGGCGUGAGAAUGAGAUGAAGGGCUUCGUCCUGACUCAGGCCAGGCCAAGCAGCAUGCCCAUGGAAAGCUACUGCACCAUGAUCCAGGACUUCGCGGCGAACAUGGGCUUUCAUGAGGAGCUGGUCAAGAACAGCUCCCAACCCGCCGCUGCCCUGCCGCUGCCGGGCUUCUUCGCGGAGCACAGUUACGAGCCCCGGCGCCUCGGGAAGGCCACGCUCUUUGUGAGCGCCAGUCCGGAGUUCUCCUGCUGCGUGGAGGUUAACAAGCAGUACUACGAAGAGCUGCAAGUUGUGCACGAGCCCAGUCACGAGCACUACAACUUGCUGGAAAGUGAGGAGGUGAUUCCCCAGAAGGUUUUGGAAGUUUUGGGUUUCGCGUAGUGGCCUUGUAAAGAUUGUGCGACGGGCCUGCACAGAUUUCUUUCUCAUGUCGGCGUUGGUUCUCCAAAUGACCAAGUUUGGCUGAACUUGUACAGAUCCGCUGACAAGUUUAGGUGCGCAUGCCUCUGCUGGUUUCUGAACUUACCGGCAGCGAUUUCGCUCGCACUCGCAGAGACCCGAGGUCAACUUCUCUGAGGCAAGCAUCUCUUUGAGGCCGACUCAUCAUUACUGGGGAUCCCGCAUUUCAGAUUGGCGUAUUUUUCAAACUCAAACUUAAUGCAGGCUGUCACAGCGGUCACCGGCUUUCAGGCAAGACUGAACCGGGCCGUGUAAAGCUUGUGCAACUGGCCGGCACAGAUGUUAUAUAUGUAUUUGCUGGCUUUGGUUCUCCCAUCAGGUUUGGAACCCGCGUGUCUAGACCUGCAUGGCUUGAACUUGUAGAGUUUGCCCAACGGCAGUGUAAAUAGGGUUUGCGUCACUGGUUUCAAUGCAAACUGGAAGAGCUUUUGCUUGCACCCGC